AAACAAAUUUGAGUUUAAAUUAAGAUAAUAAUUAUGUCAUGUGUGUAGUAAUUCAAGUAUGUAAAAGUUCCCAUUUGAUAUAAGUAAUCUAAUACUGUAAGUCAUGUAUUAUAAUAUGCAGUUUGUAAUCUACUUAUGUGCAUGAUAGCCUGUUAUAGCCGUCGGUAAUUGCUAAAUUAAUGCGGCUUUAAGGAAAUAGAAGCGAAAAAAAUCUUUAUCUAUUAUAUCGCGUAAACUUUCCUGGUAAGCAAAUACAUGUAACGAAUGUAAACCAUUCAUGACUCAGUGCUGCUUGACUGGGUAUAAUAUAUAAUUGCACAGUACCACAAGAUCAGUUAGUGGUGUGUCAUUUGAAGAAACUGACAUUUUAGUUCAUCGAUUUAUUUCAUUAUUAUGAAGAACGUAAUUACAGCUAUUGUAAUAAUUACAUUCAGUACUUCAGUACUUAGCAGUGGUGGCAGAUAUAGGGGUACACCAUACUUUGACAACAAUGACAGAGAUCCGGGAUGUGGUGCAUCACCUCCGAUGCAAAUAUUAUCACGCAUUGUAAAUGGAGAUCAACCUAACACUAAUGAAUUUCCAUGGCACGCUUCUCUCUACAAACAAAAUACACUUAAUGGAACCAAAGAAUUUCGCUGUGGUGCAACUAUUAUUCAUAAAAAAUUUUUAGUUACAGCAGCACAUUGUGUGGCGGGUGAUAAUAAUUCGUCAAAAUAUUAUGUAGCAACAGGCAAUAUUUUUAGAGAUUAUGACUUAAGCUUACAUGACCCAACAAUAGUGAAAAAGGCUGAGGUUAAGAACAUAUAUAUCGCAUGUAACUAUACAGGAUAUGAAGGAAAUUUCUUUAGAGACAUAGCUGUAUUAGAGAUUAUGGAACCAUUUGUAUUUUCAAAUACAUUGGUACCAAUAUGUUUAGACGUUACUACACACAUGCUGCAGUUAAAGGUGGGAGAUUAUGGAAAAGUAGCAGGUUUUGGAAGAACAUCUACAGAAACACGUAGUUCUACUUUACAAUCAAUUCAAGUUCCAUACCGUCCAAUAUCUGAUUGUAGAUCAGAAGGUAUUAAGUAUCAGACUACAAGGUUUAUUACGUCUGAUAAAUUUUGUGCAGGUUACACAAAUGGAACAUCAAUUUGUGACGGUGAUAGUGGUGGUGGAUUAGUUUUUAAAAGAAAUGGAGUAUGGUACUUGGGAGGAAUUGUUAGUGUCAGCCUUCAUGCAACUUUGCAGAAUGGAGUUAUAGUUUGUGACAGUAACACGUUAUCCCUAUAUACAAACGUUUCUCAAUACAUGUCAUGGAUUCAGGAUAUUAUACAUAAGACAGAAACACAUAAACCAAUUCCAACAUGUUAAAGAAGAGGAAAUGUCAAAACUAUCCAUGACUAUUUAUACAAAUGCUAUCAAGCUGAACUAAAACAUAUUUAGGCUGUUUUUGAAUCAUGUUAUCAAAGAUGUUCUAUUGUUAUGAUUCAUGAUAAUAUGUAAACAAUACUGUAUUUAAAUGAUAUCAGUAAUAAAAGGUGAAAGGUACCAAAACUUGUGUAUA